UGGGUCAGCCCAGAGAGGGUGGUAUUAUAAAAGGCCCAGUCAUCUGAACCGAGAAAUUCUGGACUGACUCCUACAACUCAGUGAUCUCCAGCUCCUACCAUUUAGCCGGUACAGAUGGCAUUGUCCCAGAACAACUCCUUGACCCCAGAGCUACUACUGGCCACUGCCAUCUUCUGUAUAGUAUUUUAUGUGAUCAAAGCUUUAAGAACUCGGGUCCCCAAAGGUCUGAAGAGUCCGCCUGGACCCUGGGGAUGGCCCAUCAUUGGGCAUAUGCUGACUCUGGGGAAGAACCCACACCUGUCACUGACCAAGCUGAGCAAGCAGUAUGGGGACGUGCUGCAGAUCCGCAUCGGCUCCACACCUGUGGUGGUGCUGAGUGGCCUGGACACCAUCCGGCAGGCCCUGGUGCGUCAGGGAGAUGACUUCAAGGGCCGACCAGACCUCUACAGUUUCACAUUUAUCACUGAUGGCCAGAGCUUGACCUUUAACCAAGACACUGGACCGGUGUGGGUUGCACGCCGCCGCCUAGCCAUGGAUGCUCUGAAGAGUUUCUCCAUAGCCUCAGACCCAAACUCUUCAUCCUCUUGUUACUUAGAGGAGCAUGUGAACAAGGAGGCUAACCAUCUAGUCAGCAAGUUCCAGAUGCAGAUGGCAGAAGCUGGGCACUUCGAACCUGUCAAUUUAGUGGUGGAAUCAGUGACUAACGUCAUUGGAACCAUGUGCUUUGGGAAGAACUUCCCCCGGAAGAGCGAAGAGAUGCUGAGCCUUUUGAAGAGCAGCAGCGACUUUGUGGAGAAUGUCUCCUCAGGGAAUGCUGUGGACUUCUUCCCCAUCCUGCGCUACCUGCCCAACCCAGCCCUCAAGAGGUUUAAGAACUUCAAUGAUAAAUUUUUGCUGUUCCUACAGAAGACCGUCCAGGAGCACUAUCAAGACUUCAACAAGUACUGCCAUGUGCUGCCAAGUACGAGGAAGGCUCAGGAUCACUCAGAGGCCUGUGACCUACCGCUCCCCUCAGGGGCUUCUCCAGACUCCAGAAAACAAAGGCAGAAAAAUAUCCAGGACAUCACAGGGGCCCUGUUCAAGCACACUGAGAAUUCCAAAGACAGCGGUGUCCAAAUCCCUCACAAGAAGAUUGUCAACAUUGUCAAUGACCUCUUUGGAGCUGGAUUUGAAACAGUCACAACAGCCCUCUCCUGGAGCCUUUUGCUCCUUGUGACCCGGCCCAAUGUGCAGAGGAAGAUCCACAAGGAGCUGGACACAGUGAUCGGCAAGGACCGGCAACCACGGCUUUCUGACAGACCUCAGCUGCCCUAUCUGGAGGCCUUCAUCCUGGAGAUCUACCGAUACACAUCCUUUGUCCCCUUCACCAUCCCCCACAGCACAACGAGGGACACUUCAUUGAAUGGCUUCCACAUUCCUAAGGAGUGCUGUAUCUUCAUAAACCAGUGGCAGGUCAACCAUGAUGAAAAGCAGUGGGAAGACCCCUUUGAGUUCCGUCCAGAGCGGUUUCUUACUGAGGACAGCACAGCCAUCAACAAGAUUCUGAGUGAAAAGGUCAUGAUUUUUGGCCUGGGAAAGCGUCGGUGCAUUGGAGAGACCCAAGCCAAGUGGGAAGUCUUCCUCUUCUUAGCCAUCCUGCUGCAUCAGUUGGAGUUCAGUGUGCCACCAGGCCUCAAGGUGGACCUGACACCAACCUAUGGGCUGACCAUGAAGCCUCCGGUCUGCAAACACCUUCAGGUGUGGCCACGCUUUUCCAAGUGAAGAUGGCCGAGGCGGGGAAGAGGCAUCCACGGACCACCAACUUUGUUUCUUUCCCCUUCUUUUUAAAUAACAGCUUUUUUGGAGUACAAUUCUUUCACUAUUUAAUUCACUUCAAAACAAUUUUAGAAUGUUGUCUAUCGUAACCCCCAUACCUAUACCCAUUAAGAUUCAUGGCUAUCCUCCUAACCUGUCCCCCUUGCCCACCAGAUGCUAAUCUAGCUUUGACAAGUA